UAAACAACACAACACACAACGGUGCUAUUCUGGGUCUCCAGGAAGUUCUGUGGACAGAUACACUUCCUGUUCUUCAACAUGCAGGAAAAUAACAUGGACUUUGAUGAAACAUUGAUAUGGCCUUGCACUCUCUGUCUGAAAGGGACUGCUGAUGACCACAUGGGAGAAAGAAAAUGAAAAUAUAUAUACUUUUGUUUUAAGACAAAUUUGUGCAAAGUGCAACAUUCAGACACAUAUGUUAUUGUAUAACUUCACGUGCUACAAGUUCAUGUUUAAUACAUUGCCAUGAUAUCAAGAAAGAAUGCCUUGGUAAAUGAGAUUAUUUAAAGAAGUGUAGGUUGAGAGAAUAACCACUUCAUGAGUAAAAAAAAAAAGAAAGAAUACGGACAUUUAACUGUUGCUGCCCGAGGGUGGCGCUGUAGGAAUGGUCCGUUAUUGAGCGCAACAUGACUACUCUUUACAGCCUGUGGAAUAGAUGACGCUCAGCAGUCAUAGAGAAUAAUAGAGGCCUGUAUGUAAAUGGUCCAAAUACCAGUUAUAGCAUGUGUAGCUCCAUUGAAGGGCUUCAGCACCAUUGUAAUGUAGUUAACUGGGUGAGACUUCCAACGUUAUUAUCUGAUCCCUCCUGAUGACUCUGUUUGAGUCAUGUCCCAAUCGGGUCAUCAGGAGGCAUCAGACAAUAGAGAAUAAGAAAAUGGACUACUUCAUAUAGAAAUGGCCUCAAUGGCGCUGCCCCGUGUGCUCACAGAUGAUAUAAUGGCACAGAUAUAAAAACAUGAAUUAUCUAUCUAUCUCUAUGGCAUUAGCUGUUUACGGUCAUCAGUCCAAAGUAAUCGAUUAUAAUCUCAAAUAUAAUUUAAUAACUAGUAAACACUGAUUUGCCCAAUUUAAAAUUACUUUAUUUAGAUUUUAAGAAUAAUUUUGAGUCGCAAAAGAAUGGGAUAUUGGCUCUAUUUAAUGGGCGGGGUGUGUAUUAAUGAACAGUAUUGGAGCUCGAUUGUAAUUCCUUGUCGAGCGGGAACCAGAAGUAGAAACAACCAGACUGGAUUAGUUUACUGUGGAGUUAAUAUCCUGCUGUCAUGAACUGGGACCAGAAUGAGUUACUGUCGCCUGUUGUACGGGAUGCUGAAGUGACCAGAGCAGCACGACGAAAGAGUUCAGUUCAGAAGAAGGCUCAAUUCAACUUCCUUUCUCCUCGUGAUGACAACCAAGGUAGUACCACCACACCUGCCCGUUCCUUGCCCUGCCACACACCUGGAUCCCUCUUCAAACAGUGCUUCACGCCGAAGAGUGCUGCUAGGAACCCAGAUGUGUCGGCCAUCUUGGCGACAGGGCGCAGGACUCCUCGUUUCAUCCAUACACCACGACCUCCCCUGGGCAGUAUGAGCAUGAACCUGGAUGACAGUGACUGGACCAACAGCCUGUACCCGUCUCCUCUGUCCGGGCUGGGACUGGGGGACACCAGCUUCACUGACGACAUCAACAUGUCCUCUGUAAUGCUGAAGGAGGAGGAUCCUGGAGAGGCUGCGUCAGUCAGUCUGUUCCCAGAGUUCCUCCAGUCCUAUCUCAGACACUCCUCCACUGCUGUCUUUGACCUGCUGGGGGAGUAUGAAGCCAUCUGUCAAGACAAGGUGGGCCUGCUCCAGAGGCUGGUAUCGAGGGCAGCUCCAGGGCAACAGAAGUCCUCUAAGACUGCUGGUAUGAGAUGGCUUUUACAGCAGGAGAUGGUCACCUGGCGCCUCAUCACUUCUCUAUACAGAGACAGGAUCCAGUCAGAGCUGGAGGAUGACAUCAUGAUGGAUGUGGCUGCUCCCGGUGUUAGUGAGAAGGUGGUGAUGGAACAACUUUUCCAGAGAGAUGCUGUAGUACGCCAGAGCCAGUUGGUUGUGGAUUGGUUAGAGAGUAUCGCCAAAGAUGAAAUCGGAGACUUCUCCGACAACAUUGAAUACUACGCCAAGUCUGUCUACUGGGAGAAUACCCUUCAUGCUCUGAAACUGAGAAGAAACACCUCCAGCACAGGCUUCACUGUUCCCCUGGUUACCGAGCUGGACCCUGACGCCCCCAUCAGACAGACACGUCCCCUGGCAGACCUGGACAGAGAGGAUGAUGCCAGACUGCUGAAGUACCUCUGGACCCUCCUCAGAGCGGGCAUGACUGACGAGGCCCAGAGGCUGUGUAAGCGCUGUGGCCAGGCAUGGAGAGCUGCUACUCUGGAGGGAUGGAAGCUGUACCACGACCCCAACAUCGACGGAGGCGGGGCAGAGCUGCUACCGGUGGAGGGGAACCCUCAGCGCUGUGUGUGGAAGGUCUGCUGCUGGAGGAUGGCUGAUAAUGAACACUUCAGCAGAUAUGAGAGAGCCAUCUACGCUGUUCUGAGUGGGAACCUCAAACGGCUGCUCCCAGUGUGUGAGUCGUGGGAGGACAGUGUGUGGGCCUACUUCAGGGUUCUGGUAGACUCUCUUGUGGAACAGGAGGUCCGGUCCUCAGGGAUGGGCAGCGAGGAGCUGGAGGAGCUGCCACGAGAAUACCUGGAGGCCAACUGGACACUAGAGAAGGUGUUUGAGGAGCUGCUGGCAACAGAGUCAAAGAAAGUCCUGGAAGAGACGAAAGAACACUACCACAUUAUCCAGAAGUUAGUUAUCCUGGAUGACCUGGACGGUCUGUUGGAGGAGUUCAGUAACUGGUUGACCAGGAGUCCUGCUCUGCCCUCUCACCUGCUGCGCUUCAUGACACACCUGGUGUUGUUCUACCGCAGUCUGGGCAUGCAGCUCAAGGAGGAGGUAUCAGUGGAUGUCCUGAAGGCCUACAUCUCUCUGUUGAUGAGGGAGAAGCACGUUGAUCUGAUAGCCUUCUAUGUCAGUCACCUGCCGCCAGACCUGGCCACCGCCCAGUACGCUCUCUUCCUGGAGGAGGUCACCGAGGCUGAGCAGAGACAACGCUGUCUGGAGCUGGCCAGGGAGGCAGGUCUGGAUGUGGCAGCAGUCACUAAGAUGGUGGUGGAGAACAUCAGAGAGAGAGACACUGAGGAGUUCGCUCAUCAUGACCUCACCCCUGCACUGGACACUGGCACCUCAGCGGAGGACCAGAGGAAGAUCGAUGUGAUUGAUUGGCUGGUGUUUGACCCCGCCCAGAGGGCUGAGGCCCUCAAACAGAGCAACGCCAUCAUGAGGAAGUUCCUGGCCUGUAAGAAACACCAUGCAGCUAAGGUGGUGUUCGCUAAGGUCCCCGAGGACUCCAUGAGGGAGAUCUACCGCCAGUGGGAGGAGCUAGGCCUGGACACGCCCCUUCCCGCGGAGGAUGAGAACGCCAUCAGGGAACACCUGUGCGUCCGCGCUUACCUGGAAGCUCAUGAGGCGUUUAAUGAGUGGUUCCAUCACAUGAACUCCCCCCCUCAGAAGCCCAGCCUGCCGGCUCAGGCCAAGUUCACUGAGAAGGUGGCCUACGAGAUGAAGGAGAACGAGUACCAGCUGGAACAUGACAGCUGGACCGGCCGUCUGGAGGCUCUGACUGAAGACGUGAAGGAGAGGAUCUACAACGUCCUGCUGUUUGUGGACGGGGGCUGGAUGGUUGACGUCAGACAGGAUACGGAGGAGGACCCAGAGAGAGGCCACCAGAUGGUGCUGCUUCGUAGACUCUGUCUGCCCAUGAUGUCCUUCCUGUUGCAGACAGUACUGCAGAGAACACAACGCCACCAGGAGAGUCUCAGACUGGCUGAUAUCAUCGCCUCAGACCAACACCGCCUCUACGAGGUGUUCUCCAAGGAUGAGCUGAGGAAGUUCCUUCAGAAGAUGAGGGAGUCGUCUCUUCUCUUAUUGGAUAAGGGUCUAGACCCGCUGGGGUACGAGAUCCAACCAUAAAUACACCCCACCCGGACAUUUUUUUUUUUUUUUUUUUUUUCAAGUAAAUGGAGUGAAUGAUUUUCUGCAUUUUGUAUACAAUAAAAGUGA